GGCCAGGUUUCACCGGUAUUUGUUGAUUGUGGGAUGCUGCCAACUCGACGCGCGAGCACUCCGCCACUUAACCGCUGUGCCCAUCGGCUGGCUACCACCACCAGGAUAUUUCUAGUCGGCUCGGUCGCGACUUACUAGUUGAUGAUCGGUGUGUGCGCUCGGAUCGUCGUCCGCGUGUACUGUUCCGUGCCGUGCUGUUCCGGUAGCUCAAACUCAAUCAGAUCCAGUGUAGUGCCACUUUUCCGGCUCUAGUUUUUACCCCGUGUUAAACGUGGAUCGCGGUCCCUUUUAAUAAGAGGCUAAGUCCCUGUGACGAAUGUGAACGAUCGAGAUGAGCGAAAGGAGAAAGAUACCACCGCCGUCACGGAAACGGGUCGCCGAGGAGUCAGCAACCAGGUCAAGGGAACCGAUCAAGCCGCCGAGGACGAGGCACCAGCCGGUUCGCGCCUACGAAACUGGACAGCCGACCCGCGUUAAUGAGACUGGCCAGCAAAUCCGAGUCAAUGAAACCAGCCAGUCAAUCCGAGUCAACGAAAUCCAGAAGCCGAUCCGGGUCCAAGAGACCAGCAAAGCGGAUCAUGUCCAAGAGACCAGCAAACCGAACCGUGUUAAUGAGACCACCAGCCAACCGAUCCGCGUCAACGAGACUAGCCAGCGGCACAUAAACCGUGCCGAGAAAGUUGCGAUGACGACCUUAGACGAGAAUGUGAACCGUGUGCCACAGCUGUGUACAGAGAACGAACCGCUAGCUGAUUACUUAGGCUGGGAGGAAAGAAUAGAACAGAUACCAAAAAAUAGUGAAGACAUAUUGGGCCAGGCAAGACCAGUACAAAUUAUAUUGGCUCAUCCAGAUCACACCUUUGAAUUAAAUGAGGAUGCCCUGGCAGAAAUUCUUCUCCAAGAUGAUAUCAAAGACAGAAGUGUAGUUGUUGUCUCUGUAGCAGGAGCCUUCAGAAAAGGCAAAAGCUUCCUGCUAGAUUUUUUUCUUCGAUACAUGAACUGUAAGUAUGACAACAACAACGAAACGGAUUCUUGGUUGGGCAAAGAAGAUGAACCACUCAGCGGAUUCUCAUGGAAAGGAGGUUCAGAAAGAGAUACAACAGGGAUAUUGAUGUGGUCGAAAGUUUUUCUUGGUACUUUACCAACUGGUGAAAAAGUGGCUAUAAUUUUAAUGGAUACACAAGGUGCUUUUGACAGUCAGUCCACAGUCAGAGAUUGUGCAACUGUGUUUGCUUUAAGCACAAUGUUGUCGUCUGUACAAAUUUACAAUUUAUCACAAAAUAUUCAAGAAGAUGAUCUUCAGCAUUUGCAGCUUUUCACUGAAUAUGGUAGGCUGGCUUUAGAGAAAUCUGGACGCACACCGUUCCAGAGGUUGCAAUUCUUAGUAAGAGACUGGAGUUACCCUUAUGAAGCAAAUUAUGGGGCAGAAGGAGGAAACAAAAUUUUACGACGAAGGCUAGAAGUUUCUGACAAACAGCAUCCGGAAUUACAAAGUUUAAGAAAGCAUAUCAAAUCCUGCUUUUCAGAUAUAUCUUGCUUCCUUAUGCCACAUCCAGGUCUUAAUAUCGCCACAAAUCCUAAAUUCGACGGCAGAUUGUCUGAAAUUCAAGCAGAGUUUAAGGAGCAGCUAAAAAUACUGAUACCUAUGAUAUUAGCCCCUGAUCGUUUAGUUACAAAAAAAAUUAAUGGUCAAGUUGUGAAAGCGAGGGAUUUGUUGGAAUACUUUAAAAGUUAUAUGAAAAUUUAUAAAGGAGAUGAACUUCCCGAGCCUAAAAGUAUGUUAGUGGCAACAGCAGAAGCAAAUAAUUUAACUGCAGUCGCAGAAGCUAAAGAGCUUUACAUAAAAUCAAUGGAAGAUGUUUGUGGAGGAAAAAGACCAUUUUUGGGAACAGCACAUUUAGAAUCCGAACAUUUACGUUGUGUCGAUAAAGCUAUUUACGUAUUUCAAAAUAAAAGAAAAAUGGGAGGAGAUGAAUUCAGUUUGACUUAUAUGGAGAAACUAAAGAAGGAUAUGGAUGAUGCCUUCAUUCAAUUUAAAGAACAUAAUGAAAGUAAAAACAUCUUUAAAGCAGCGCGCACUCCAGCAGUGUUUUGCGCACUUGCUGCGGCCAUGUACUUUUUAUCUGGAAUAUUUGGUUUUACUGGUUUAUAUCCUAUAGCAAAUAUUUUCAAUUGGGUUCUUGGUCUCUGUAUAUUAACACUUAUGUUAUGGACAUAUAUAAGGUACAGUGGUAAUUGGAGAACAAUUGGUACAACAUUAGAUGAAGUGGCAAAUGUCUUAUGGUAUAAUUACGUGCGCGUGUGUGUAUAUGUGGGGAACAAUGCAAUAGUAAAAAAUGCCUGUAAAGACUCUAUGGAAGCAAAAACAACUAACCUAGUUCUAUAUUUCAUAUGCAGAAUUUUUACAAAAGCCAAGAAUAUUUUCCCAGCUUUUAUUUAUGUAAAGCGUCAAACUAAUAAAAACUAAUCAUAGCUGUAAUUACAAAUACUUUAACCUGUUAAAUAUAUUUUCGUUUUGAAAUAUCGCAUUCUAUUGAUACUAAUAAAUAUUAUAGGAAAUAAUUUUAUUUCACUUUUAUGUAUAGUUAUAAAAAAAUAUCUUGUACAAAAUCUAGCUACAAAAAGUAGUAACUUUAUAAUGUAUAUGUUGUAUAUACCAAAGCAUUUCCAAAAUUUUGUUUAUAUGCAGUUUUUAUGAAUAUUUUUAUAGCUUUAAUGUUUAGAACUAAUAUAUAAAAUAUCUCUUGAUUUGUAUUAAAAAAUCUAUGUAUCUAAGAUGUUAUCUCUAUUGUAAAAAAUUUUUCAUUUUACUGCAGCCUUAUAUGCAGCAUGAAUUAACAUUGAAAUGUAAAUAUUUCAUACAUGGUGAAAUAUUUAAAACAGACCACUCAAAUAUCUUCUUUGGUUUAGUGAUUGUAAAAAAAUGUGUUCCAUUCAAAAAUAAGUGGAAAAAUACAAUAUUUUCUUCAAAAAUAGUUUUGGAACUUGAGUCCUGCAACCGAUUACAAUGCCAUCAUUUAACAAUCCCUAUGAAUCCCAACAACUUCUACUUGGAGUUUCUUUUUUCAUUGCUGAAAGUGAAUAAGUAAUUAGAGUGACCUGAUUUAAAUGCCUCGCCUUAUAUAACCAAUACUCACCAUUUUGUCAUGUCUCCUAAUUCAUUCCUACCAUUUCUUUAUUUCUACAGGUUGGGCUUUUAAGUACUCUAUUUGCACUUAUUCUACUCAUCCCUGCUGUAUUGGAAUUUAUAAAACAUAUGUUUAAUUUUAUUUUAUCCAUAUAUACACAUACAUAUGAGUCUUUUCCCAAAAAAGAUAUAUUACAGAAAAAAUGUCUUCCCUCUUCAGAAUAUUUAUGUUUUUUUCAAAAUAUUUAUAAUUUAUUUCAUAAUCUGCAUAUGAAACAUACUUAUAAUUUCUUUAACAAUCAGCAUGUUACUAAGAUUUAUAACUUCUUUCACAAAGUUUAUGAAUCAUUUUAAGUACAGUUGAAUGUUUUCUUAACAAUAUUCAUGUUAUUAGUUAUUUAAUGUCUAUAUUCCACUAUUUUUGGUGCUACACAUUUUAAUUAUCUGAUUUCGAUUUUUGGUACUAUUUAUUUUACAUUUUUUUUAUUUUUCUUAUUUAAUUUUUAUAAUAAAUUGAAUGCUAACAGGAGCGAAUACUAAAAAGGUAUGACAAUUGCUUAUAGUAAAUACAGAAAUAACUGUAAUUUUCAUUUUCUGUGCAAAUCAAAUAUAAAAAAAAACUUACGCAUUCCAAAUGUAAUAAAAUCAUACUUUUAACUGAACAUUACAGUUUUCAUAUUCAUUUCUCAUAUUAUGUAACACAUAUAAGAUUAACGAAAAUUACAAUAAUUUAUUUAUAUAUUAUUAAUUUUUAAAGGUUAU